CUCCGAUCCCCCGUCUCGCAUCCUCCCCCGCCUCCCGUCGCCCGGCCGGUUCCGCCUCGACGAACCCUCGCCGCCGAAUGCCACUCGCCUUUAGGGUUUCUAAUCCCAAUUUCCCAACCGAAUCUUUUGUCGAAUCGAGUUCCAUGUUAGAUACCAUCCUAUCGAAACCAGGAUUUAUUCUCCCGCUGGUUCGAUCUCUCGCGGUGUUCUAAUUCGAUCGAUCGAAACCCUAGAUAUCCGUUCCGUAGGUUUCGGCUGUGAUUUUGGGAAUUUGUCGGUGGUAUCUCUUCCCAUGGCGGAUCGCGAAGACGAGGAGCUUCAGAUGGCACUGCGGAUGAGCCUCCAGAGCUCGCCGCCGGAGGCGAAGCGGAGCAAGCCGAGAGACAGCGCGGAGGAGUCGGUGGAGGUGCGGAACCGGAGGUUGCAGAGGGAGCUGCUGGCGUCGGCGGCCGAGAAGCGGAUCAGGGCAAUGGAGAACAAGAGCGCCAGCGCCGCACGGCCGGUGGGCGCGAGGGAGGAGGUGGUGGCCAAGAGCGCUGCGGCGGCCGUGGGGCCCGCGGCGGCGAAAGCCGAGGUGGAGGGUUCGCAGGGUGGGAAGGUGGAGGAGGGGGAGCGCACGGGUUUGGAUUCUGGGGAGGAGCUAUCGUCCUCGGACGCGGACCAGCUGUUUUUGAUGGUGUUUGGGAAGGGCGUGUCGAGGGAUGUGCUGGCGCAAUGGAGCAAUCAGGGUAUCAGGUUUAGCUCUGAUCCAGAAACAUGCAUGGGUCUGGUCCAGCAUGAGGGAGGUCCUUGUGGUGUCUUGGCAACCAUACAGGCCUAUGUCCUCAAAUAUCUUUUGUUUUUCCCAGAUGAUUUGGGUAAACUUGAAGCCAAUAAUCCACUGUAUAGUUUAGUUCAAAAGACAUUUUGUCAAAGUUCAUUUGCAGCAUCUGAUAAUUUUGCAUCUAUAACUGAUGAUAGAAAGGAAAGAGCGUUGGUUCACAGUAUGGUUGAAAUAUUAUUUUUAUGUGGGAGUGGAAAGAGAGCUGUGGUUGCAACCUUAGGAGUUUUAAGCCAUCAUGCAGAUGGUGGAUCUGAAUUUGAUCAGAAUGAGAUGAUAACUAAAGCCUUAGAAGGUCUUUCAAUUGAGUCAGCUUCAGAUUUGCAGAAAGUUCUAAGAGUCAAAACAUAUGCUUCAUGGACAGCUGCUUUUAGUCAGCUUAUGGCAAUGCUUCCUGUAUUUCGAAGUCGUAUGGGGGCAAUGAUAUUUCUUAUAUCUUCUCUGCUUUCACGAGGACUGGAAUCCAUUCAAGCAGAUAGGGAUGAUCCUAGCUUACCACUAGUCACGGCUCCAUUUGGGCAUGCCUCACAGGAAAUUGUGAAUCUACUGCUUUGUGGACGGGCUGUUCCGAAUGUGUUUGAUGGCAGAAUGGAUCUUGGUGGUGGCAUGUUCCUCAAAGGCAUACCGGCGAGCAUGGAGGUCGGAUUCCUUUCCCUUUUGGAAUCCCUUAAUUUCUGCAAGGUUGGUCGGUUUCUAAAAUGCCCGAGGUGGCCAAUAUGGGUGGUUGGAAGCGAGUCCCACUACACUGUUCUUUUUGCACUCGACCCCUCCGUGCAAGAAGAGAAUGAGCUGGAAGAACGGGAGUCGAAGAUCAGACGAGCAUUCGAUGCCCAGGACCAGAGUGGAGGGGGAGGCUUUAUCAGUGUGGAAGGAUUUCAUCAAGUUCUCAGGGAGACCAACAUAAAAAUGCCACCCGAAAAGCUUGAAAACCUCUGUUGUACAGGGUAUAUUGUACGGAGUGAGUUCUGGCAGGCCUUGCUGGAUCUGGAUAAAAGCAUGGGUGGAUUUAAGGACUCAACUGGGUCAACGGGAAAGAAGAUUUUUGAUAUCUACCAUUUCAAUGGAAUCGCCAAGUCUGUGUUGAAUGGGAACAUAGCAGCAGGAGGUGAGAGUCUGCUGCAGAGACCGAGGCUCUGUAAAUUGAGUGUGUCGGUCCCUCCAAGGUGGACGCAGGAAGAGUAUCUGGCCGAUGUGGCGGCCGCUUCAAGCAGCGACCCCGCUGGGAAAGAAGGUGGCCUUGUUGAGGUAAAUCAACCUUCUCAGCAUGCCCCGCUGGUAGACUGUAUUAGAACGCGGUGGCCGCGUGCCAUUUGUAGCUGGGUGGGAGAUGCACCCAGUAUUGUCUAGGAGACUGAAAUCCCAUGAAUGCAGUCAGUCCCAUGAGGUGCUUUUGAGCUGGCAUCUUCUCAUGGCUAGAAUGGAGUUCUGUAAUUUCAAAAUCUCAAUACCAACUCUUUAUCAACUGCAGAGCAUAAAAUAUUGCAAUGUGAAAAACUAUCAUUGAAUCAUCAGGACUAGCCGUAAGUCUGGAACAAGAAGCAACCAAAAGAAUAAGAGAGAAAAAAAAAACGUAAAAGGAAAUUUCAAAGUA